UUUGCGUGUGCCCAGUCCACCACUCUUUUUCCAACUUCCAUUUCCAACUUCUCUCAAAUCUCUCAUUUAUCAUCCAUGGCUUCCACUCAACCUACCCACCAACACCAUUCCCUCAAAGGGCUAAAACCCACAAUCCUUCUCAAAGAUAUUGAAUCACAACCCGAAAGAGAGAAAGAAGAAGAACAACAAGAAGAAAAUAUUGGGUUGGUGAAGGAUUACUCCAAAAGGGCUCAAGUUCUUAGAGCUGCUGUUUUGGGUGCCAAUGAUGGUUUGCUCUCCACUGCCUCCCUCAUGAUGGGUGUCGGGGCGGUCCAUAAAGACGCCAAGACAAUGAUCUUGACGGGCUUCGCUGGCCUCGUUGCUGGUGCUUGUAGUAUGGCAAUUGGUGAGUUUGUAUCGGUUUACUCACAAUAUGAUAUUGAGUUUGCUCAGAUGAAGAGGGAAGGGAAUGAGACGGAGAUAAAAAAGGAGAAGCUUCCGAACCCGUAUACGGCGGCGGUGGCGUCGGCGAUUUCGUUCGUAGUGGGAGCCUUGGUGCCUUUGUUAGGUGCUCUUUUUGUGAAGGGCUAUAAAAUGAGGUUGGGGGUGGUUGUAGGGAUUGUGAGCCUUGCUUUGUUAGGGUUUGGAGCACUUAGUGCAGUUUUGGGGAAAGUACCUCCUGUAAAGUCUUCGUUAAGGGUGUUGUUUGGAGGAUGGUUGGCUAUGGGAAUCACUUUUGGUUUAACAAAGGCUAUUGGUUCUGCUUCUGUUGAACAAUAAAAAUUAUAAA